CAGACGAAUGGAACUUCCUGUUGCACAGAUGUUGGACGCACGACCGAUUACUCCAAAUUCCCCUUUCCCUGUCUACACGUUCUAAGAGCUACCGGCACUCGGCAGUUCAUCACAGUUCAUGGUUACACGGUCAAGGAUCCACCCGAAGUUUAUCGGCAAAUUAAGUAUCGCGCGAUUGUUUGUCAGAAGGAGGCAUUGCUCGCUCCGGAUUCAACAUAACAUUUCCAGAAUGUCCGAAUUAACAGAAGUCGAGAGUAACAAAAUUUUCGGCGGAUGGCAGAAGGUUUACACGCACAACAGCACAGAAUUGGGAUGCAAGAUGAGAUUCGCUCUUUACGUACCACCCCAGGCUGAGAAGGGGCCGGUGCCGGUUAUCUACUGGUUGUCCGGUCUCACCUGUACCGAGGCCAAUUUCAGUCAGAAAGCCGGAGCGCAGAGACACGCUGCGGAUCACGGCGUGCUCCUCGUCAUACCCGACACCAGUCCAAGGGGCUUGAAUAUUCCUGGAGAGGACGACAGUUACGACUUCGGUACUGGCGCGGGAUUCUACGUAGAUGCGACGCGCGAGCCCUGGAAAAAGAAUUACCGAAUGUACAGCUACAUUACCAAAGAGUUGUGGACGUUGAUCAACAAAGAGUUUCCAACUUUGCCAUCUAAACAGUCCAUAAUGGGCCACAGCAUGGGAGGACACGGCGCUCUAAUCUGUGCCCUUAAAAAUCCUGGGCAGUUCAAGGUAGUCUCGGCUUUUGCACCCAUCUGUAAUCCAGUCCUGUGCCCGUGGGGAAAGAAGGCCUUCUCGGGGUAUCUAGGAGAAUCCGAGGAUAAUUGGAAGGAAUGGGACGCUACAGAGCUGGCAAAAAAAUAUAAUGGCCCUCCCUUGGACAUUUUAAUCGAUCAGGGUAAAGAGGACCAGUUCCUGAAAGAAGGCCAGCUAUUACCAGAGAAUUUACUGCAUGCCGCGAAGGAUAACGGCAUCGCGCUUACUAUCAGAUAUCAGAAUGGUUAUGAUCACAGUUAUUACUUUAUAGCUACAUUUAUUGAGGAUCACUUCAAGUAUCAUAUGGAAUAUCUUAAAAGCUAAGCGCUUGUGCCCGGAAUUAUUGUUAAAAAACAUUUGAUAUCGUAGUUUAUAUUUUUACGAGAUGUAUUUUCUGUUUUUAAU